AUGAGGAUCAUGAGGGAUCUGCAGGAAAUGGCCGUCAACGUUGCGCGCCGCGCGCCGCGGCCUGUUGUGUUGCAGGGGAGCGGGAAGAGCAGGAGGAGGAGGAAGAUGGCGGUGGCCAGGCUCGGGGGGAGCGUCAGGAGGCCGCGGCGCAGAUUCCUGGGGACGACGCUGAUCCGCAGGCUGCGCCUGCGGUGGGUGACGGCGCUGUACAGGCGUGCCCUGCGGCGGCUGCGCGCAGCCUGCGCCAGCGAGGCCGUCCAGCGCGUCCUCGAGGGAACCGCACUGGUCGGCGCCGCGCGCCUGGACGCCGGGGUCUGA